AUGAACAGCGAAUCCACAUUUACAACUGCAAAUACUCACGUCCUCUUUAAGGAACAAGUCUUUCUUCUGUCUUUCUCUGUUUCUCAUCCACUUUUCUCUUUCUCUCUUUCUUUCUCUCUCUCCUUCUCACCACCCUUUAAUUUCUUUUUGUUUCUUUUCUUCGCUCCUUUUUUAUUUUCUUUUUUUUUGUACCCCUGUUCCUUUUUUUUUUCGCUUGCUCCCCUCUUUUCGUUUCUUUUUCGCUUUCUCCCCUCUUUUCGUUUCUUUUUCGCUUUCUCCCCCCUUUUCGUUUCUUUUUCGCUUUCUCCCCUCUUUUCGUUUCUUUUUCGCUUUCUCCCCCUUUUCGUUUCUUUUCGCUUUCUCCCCUUUUUCGUUUCUUUUUCGCUUUUCUCCUUUUCGUUUUCUUUUCUUUUUCUUUUCGUUUCUUUUUCGCUUGCUCCCUUCUUUUCGUUUCUUUUUCGCUUACACACCUCUGUCCGUUUCCUUUCUCGCUUGCUCCCUUCUCCGUUUUUCAAUCUGCUUUUUUCCCUCCCCAUUCCCUACCUGGCCGUCUCUCCUUUUAUUUUACCCACCCUUUCUGCCACUUCUCCUCCUCCUUCCCUCUUUCCGUUCCUCUUCCCCGUAAUCGCUUCCCCCUCUUCGUUCCUCUCCCCCGUCCUCGCUUCCCUCUCUCCGUUGCUCUUCCCUGUCCACAGUUCCCCCUCUGCGUUCCUCACCCCCUUCCAUUGUUCCCUCUCUCCCUUCCUCACCCAAUCUCUCCGUCCCUCGCCCACUCCUUGCUUCCCUCUUUCCGUUCUUCGCCCCUGUUCUUGUUUCCUAUUUUCCGUUUCUCUUCUCCGUCCUUUCUUUUCUUCCGCAAUUCUCUCUCUCUCUCUCUCUCUCUCUCUCUCUCUCUCGUGUUAUCACUCCGUCUUCUUCUGA